CAGAGGAGGUAGAAGAAGCUCCACCUCCUCCACCUCCUCCUCAUGUAGAAGCUAUAAAGUGUGUGUGUAGCACAGACUGAUAGGACUUCCCUCACAUAGAUCUCAUUAUAGGUGCCCUGUGAGAGCCCACAAGCCUAAUCUUCUUCUCCUUAAAGGACAAUCAAAACAGCACAAUGCGCGAGUGUAUCUCCAUCCACGUCGGCCAGGCUGGGGUCCAGAUGGGCAACACCUGCUGGGAGCUGUACUGCCUGGAGCACGGCAUCCAGCCCGACGGCCACAUGCCCAGCGAGAAGCCCAGCGGAGGCUACGACGACUCCUUCACCACCUUCUUCAGUGAGACGGGCACAGGGAAGUACGUCCCCAGGGCCAUCUUUGUCGACCUGGAGCCCACGGUGAUUGAUGAGGUCCGUACAGGAACCUACCGCCAGCUCUUCCACCCCGAGCAGCUGAUCUCAGGAAAGGAGGACGCCGCCAACAACUACGCCCGCGGUCACUACACCGUCGGCAAGGAGCACAUCGACUCUGUACUCGACAGGAUCCGCAAACUGUCUGACCAGUGCACCGGGCUGCAGGGUUUCCUGGUCUUCCACUCCUUUGGAGGAGGAACCGGCUCAGGGUUCACCUCCCUGCUGAUGGAGCGUCUCUCUGUUGACUUUGGCAAGAAGUCCAAGCUGGAGUUCGCCAUCUAUCCAGCUCCUCAAGUGUCCACCGCUGUGGUGGAGCCGUACAACUCCAUCCUGACGACCCACACCACCCUGGAGCACUCCGACUGCGCCUUCAUGGUGGACAAUGAGGCCAUCUACGACAUCUGCCGCAGGAACCUGGACAUUGAACGUCCGUCGUACACCAACCUGAACCGCCUCAUCAGCCAGAUUGUCUCCUCCAUCACCGCCUCCCUGCGCUUCGACGGCGCCUUGAACGUGGACCUGACGGAGUUCCAGACCAACUUGGUGCCCUACCCUCGCAUCCACUUCCCUCUGGCGACCUACGCCCCGGUCAUCUCCGCAGAGAAGGCCUAUCACGAGCAGCUCACCGUGGCCGAGAUAACAAACUCCUGCUUCGAACCGGCCAAUCAGAUGGUGAAAUGCGACCCUCGUCACGGCAAAUACAUGGCCUGCUGCCUCCUGUACCGCGGUGAUGUAGUCCCCAAAGACGUCAACGUCGCCAUCAGCAACAUCAAAACCAAGCGCUCCAUCCAGUUUGUGGACUGGUGUCCCACAGGCUUCAAGGUGGGCAUCAACUACCAGCCUCCCACCGUGGUUCCUGGAGGAGACCUGGCCAAGGUGCAGCGGGCCGUGUGCAUGCUGAGCAACACCACCGCCAUCGCCGAGGCCUGGGCUCGCCUCGACCACAAGUUCGACCUGAUGUACGCCAAGAGGGCCUUCGUCCACUGGUACGUGGGAGAGGGGAUGGAGGAGGGGGAGUUCUCGGAGGCCAGAGAGGACAUGGCCGCCCUGGAGAAGGAUUACGAAGAAGUGGGUAUCGACUCAUUCGAAGAAGAUGAAGAGGGGGAGGAGUAUUAAAAAGAGAGAGAGGUUUAAGGAAAGGGUAACCGUUUAUGAGUUUUAAUCUCUUCCAGAUCUUGAGUUUUGAUGUGCAGGUUAUUGACUGCUGUCUGAUGAACACUAACGUUACUGCAGCAGAGAUCUGUCACAGUGAGCUCCAGCCCACAGUGUUUGGUAAAAUAAAAAAAUGACUCAAUGAGA